AUUAAAUCCCCCAAAUAACGGGACAAAAAAAAUUGUCAACUGAGGGACGCUAGGCCAACCCUCGUCGUCUUGACUGUCAAAAUCGGCUGAAACGUCGCCAAUAAUGUAAAAUGUCUGGGCCUUCGUCUCCUAAAUCUUUGGUUUGCGAAGAAGUUUUCGACGAGCGCAGCCAGCCUUCAAUAGACGAGGUCCGUGAGUUUGCUGUACGAAUAGGUAUUGAUCCUGAUGCAGAGGCUCACCUUUUACCGCUGGCAAGAGAGGGUCUUUUGAAGCCAUUACCAAAAAAUUGGAAACCUGUAUAUGAUUCAAAGAGUAAGCAUUACUACUAUUUUAAUUUCAAGACAAAUCAAACAUCAUGGGAACAUCCCCUUGACAACAAAUUUCGUGAAAUUGUAAAAAAAAGCCGCUCUGAAAGCAUUAGUUCUGCUGGAGAAGAAGAUUCUAAAACAUCCAUUAAAGAAGAACUGAAGAGUUUUGAGGAAGCAGGGACAUCAGCUGUUUUUGAACCUGACAAUUCAUCUUCUAUCAGAGAUAGUCAGAUGGAUUUUUCAUCUGGGACACCAGUUUUAAAAUCAGCUCUCAGUCCUUUGCGCUCUUUUCGGAAGGAAGAUCAAGAAAACUUAUCACUUCGAAAAGGAAGAAGUAAACCAUUCUCUGCCAAAACUGACCAGUUAAAGCCAAUUUUCACCCCAAAACCACUUUUCUCUCAGAAUUCUAAUGAAUCUCCAAAGAGUUCUGACAAAGCACUGCAAAAGUCAUCUAAGGCCAUCUGGGACGACCUAUCUUCUUACCUAGAUGAUAAUGACGAUGGUGACAAUGGAGAUCAGUUGAAAGGGCAUGCAGGAGACAAGUCAAGAGGAGAUGGAAAAUACAUGUCGUCCUUUGAUUAUAAUUUGCAUACCCAGGACAAGAACUUAGAGAGUCCUGUUUCAUCAAUAAUUGGUCGAUUUACUGUUGAUAGGGUAAAAAAAAUUGAUAUAGACUCACAGACUAAAAGGCUUGAUUCAGAUGGUGCAGAAGGAGAUCGUCGAUCCUCAGAUCGGUUCUUGAAAAGUGGAUAUGUUCAGCCAGAGUUUACACUUUCAGGUGGUGGAUCCAUAUUUCUCAAGUCUAAUAAGAAAAAAACAGAAACUUCAAAUCCAUCUAAACUGACUUCCAGUCAAGAUGUAAAGUCAGACUCCUUCAGUGAUAUUAACUUAAAAUCUCUUGACAGCAAUUCAAAGGAGCCUUUGAUCAGGUCCAUUAAGUCAUCAAUGCGAUCACUGACAGCAUCUCCUACCGCAUCUACAUCAUCUACUCGCAGUAUUCUAAGAACACCACUGACAGAAAAACGAUUGUGGGAUGUUGACCCCCAGCACAUGUCAGCUUCAGAAAAAGCUUUAUGGAAGCAACAGGAGUUGGAAGAGGAAAAAAAGAGUGUGCGCUUUAAUUUAGAUAAGGAAUUGAAUAUUUCUUUUAAAUUGUCUGAUUCUGAUAGUGAUACUUCAUCCGAGCGAGACCACGUUGAUGAAGAUAUUGAAUGGAAUUCAAAUGCUAGUGAUGAUUUGGCAAUGGAACUAAAACAGCUACAGAAAGUGAACACCUACAAGACUGAAAAAAUAUCCCAAAAAGAAAGUCAUAUGAGUCCUUUGGAAGAAUGGGCCAAGGAGACGUGGUUUUCAAGAAAGCCACCUUUUACAGACAAAACUGACGGAGAUUUGAGGUCAAGUCUUACAUCGGCCUUGAAUAGUGCAAGCUUAAGUGGAAAUGAAUCACCCAGAGGAAGGCAGUCACCAAUUACAGAUAGCACUUUCAAGAAAGGAGCUUCACAAGAAAAUAUGUUUCAUGAAUCCGGUCAAUCUAUUACUAAUACUUCUUGGCAACAUACUGAAGACCCUCCGAUUUUGCAAGAGCAGGUUGUGUUCAAAGAGGGUGAAAGGAAAGAAAGUCAUCCCUUAAACUCACUUGAUACCAAAUUGAGUCAAAGUAUAACCUCCCAUGAUGAUUUUAACCUGAGUGGCAUUGACAAUUUGUUGAUCAAUUCUGCAUUGAGAGAUUCUUCUUCCCUUUUUCCUCAUGAGCCAAAUGAACCAACAGAAAGUGAAAUCAGUCUAUCUGCUUCCAUCACUAAUAAACUGAGAGGUCUUACAAGCAAAGAGGUGCUCUCUCCAGAAAAUACCAUAUCAAGAGAUAUGAAAGCUCGUGAGCAGGCCUUUCGUGACUGGAAUGUGAAAUUGUCAGAUGGUGAGAUGUACAGACCACCACUGUCAAGGCAGCAAUCACAGCAACAAUUGCAGCAAAUAAAACAACAAAUUCAAGAACCAGUUAGGGCUGGUGAAAGAGAUCGUGCAUUGCGUGAAUGGAAUGUUACUGACAGUAUUAAAGAUUCACGUCCAACUCAAAGGACUUCAGAAUCUGUAGGGGAAAUUUCUUUGCCACCAUCUGAAAAUCUAGAAGAGGAGAAAUCAAUACAAAAUUCAAUUGGAAGUGAGUCAGAACAAAGUAAAAAUUUAGCUUUUCCUGGUUCAAGUCAGAAAUCUGUUUCUGAAUGUAUUGAUUUGCAACCUGCAAGUAGUGAUUUUGAGAACAAACUUGAACAAGCAAUUGAAAAAUUAAAAGUAAAUUACGAUAAUUCUUUGAAAGAGAAAGAAAGUGAGCUAAAAGACAAAUUUGAAAAGGAUCACCAGGAAAUAGUGAGGGUUUAUCAAGAGAAGUUGAAGAAAAAAGUCGAAGAAGAAUCAAAAGCAAAUGAGCUUAAGUUUAAAGAACUCAUGUUUCAGAUAGAGCGUGAAUCAGAUAUUCGGCUAAAACAAAUGAAAGAACAGUUAGAGCAUAGACAGAACUGUGCCAGUCAAAAGAUAUUAGAACAACAUCAGCAAGCUCUAGCAGCUCAAGAAGUUGAAAAUCAAGCUGCAAUGCUCCGAUUCAGAGAACAGCACAGCGCUGAGAUGAAAACUUUACGUGAGCAGUUUCAAAGAGAGGAAGAGCAAGUUCGCAGAGAACAACAAGAACGUAUUGUCAGUUUGCGAGAGGACCGUGAUGGAAAAAGAAGUAGAGAUAUCACUGACCAUUUAAGAUCUAUAGAAAAAUUACGCUGUGAAAAGCGCUUGGUUGAGGACAAAUAUAGAACGUUGAAAGAAAAGUAUAUUAAGCUGAAAGGUGAGAUAAAAGCAAAUCUUGAAAAAAAUAAGGAACAAAAGGCAAAGGAAUCUCAACAAAUUGAUGACAAACCAAAACAAAGCCAAGCUGUAACUGUUGAGACAGAAGCAUCUACUUCUCAGCAACAGUCAGACCGAUCCUCUGAAACAGAGUCAAGACCCAAAACAAUGAGUGCUGGUAGUUCAGGUACAAGUAACUCAUUGGGGUUUCAGAAAUUUCAGUCCCAGAGCCAACCACAGGAGCAACUGAGUCAAGUUUUGGACCCACCUUCCCCAGCCCCUAGUAGUGGGCCCUCUGGGUUGAUUAAAAACAACAAUAAUGAUGUAAAUGAGCCCAAUGUGCCUUUUUUAGGGAGGAGUUUUUCUAAUCCACCUUUUCAAGAGAAAAAUCUAAAUCCAAACAGAAAUGGAAUAGAUCCAUCACAGUCACUUUGGUGCAACUUCGCCCACUUCAAAGCAACUGAAAGAAAUGGAAACAUGCCUUCUGAAAGUUAUUUGCAUCGAAAUUCUCAAGAUCUCAAAGUCAAGCCGAAUGAAUUUUCUCCUCUAGAAGCACUCAGGCAUCAACUUAAAACUUUGGAUGAGCUUGAGGAACAAUUUCCCGUGUCAUCUGUAACUGAUGCAUACCUUCGCUAUCCAUUUUCAGACCAAGGUUGCAAAGAGCUGGAGAGUGCUGAGUUGGAGUUUUUCCGUCAUAGAAUCCAUUUAGAAAGGGACAUGAUCCGUCAAGCAAAAAACUCCUUGCAAUCACAACAAAGUGAAUACCGGUCACGUAUCAACAAUUUUCAAAAACGUCAAUCUGCCUCCUCAACAUCACCUAAUACCACUCUUAAUCAUAUGGCAAAAGAGGAACAGGAAUUAUCAGAUAUGGAAGCUAAAAUCAGGCGUACUCAGAAUAUUUUAGGAGAGAAAAUGAUUCACUUACGUCAACUAGAAAAUUCUCUUAAUCGCAUCACUGCUCCAUCUUUGAGAGCAGAGAUAAAUGGAAGGAGGGUAAAUGAUGUUCCUGAGCCAAGAUAUGCAGAUCAAACAAAAAUAAAACAACACCGACGUUGGGAUUGGAAGAAUGGGGGCAAUGUGUUGGGAGUAGAAGAGGUCAGUGAUGAAAUGUCUUCAGAUAGUGGUGGAAGUUCAGGCUUCAGCAGCAUUGAGUAUACAUCUGAUGGCACCUUAGGGUCACUUUUGAGUCACAAAGGCUCUGGACAGAGAUUUAAAAGAACCUCUGACAAUACAGCAGACAUUAACAUGAGUCUUCAUAAUCUUAAUGCUGAGAUAAGUGAAAUUUGGAAUGUUUUGUGUCGGCAACGAGCUGCUGCAGGAUUAGGUCCUCCACCACUUUUGAGUGCCCAACCUUCAACAUGGGUGAAUCCCACCUCUCAACAUUUGACCACCAACUUAAGCUCUAGUCGUGCUGGAAGCCCUUCAACUGUACAAUCAGUACCCAAGGUUACUUCAGACAAAAAUUCGUCUUUAAUUGAGCGCACAAACAAUCUUCGCCAAUGGCUGCACAAGGCUAAAAUGAGUGCAACUCUCCCUGCACCAGCUCCUACAGUGGAUAGAAAUGAGGUGUCCUUUUAAAAAUACAAUUUUGUUUGCCCUCAGCACCUGAGUGGACUUUUGUUUUCUAUUUUAAUCUCUUCUAGGUUCUUGUGUUUUGUUUCUUGUGGGUGGGUUAUAGACAUUUUUAAUGUUGUUCUGUAGAUAAGGCGUCACUGAAAAGUAUUUACAUUGGCUGUGGUUUGCUGUUUGUUUGAAGAUUUUAAUUGUAUGUGGUGUAGCGUAGCGUAAUUACUUCACUAAUUUUAUGAGAAUGAACUUUUACCACCAUCUCAUGUAUUUUAUGGUGAAUAUGUUUAACAUUCAAGAUAGUUACCUUAAAUAAUUCCAUCUUAUGAUCUCAAUUGUGAUGAAUGAACUGAGAGUGAAGUCUUUAGCUUUAGUACUUUUUAUUGCACAUAUUUUAUGAUUUAAAUGGCGUUAGUAAUAAGAAGUACUAUAGCUGGAGUAUUGAUCUGAUUGAAAUGUUACCUUAAGACAUGCACUUUCAGUGAAUAUGAUGUGGUACCUGUAGAUUUGUGAUUAUACUUUCAACGGCUCCUUUUAGCCAGUUAGCAUGAAUAUGUAUGGUAUUCAUUUAGAAUUUUAUUUAAAGAUGAAUUAUUUAUUAUUUACAAAUUGUAUCUAGGUAUGUCCUGUUUUGGCAUGCCCAAACUUAUUUAUAUUUUGUUGUGUAACAUAUUAACAAUCUUUCUAGUCUGACUUUAUCUGUGCAAUUACUGGGUUAUUGAUUUAUGCUAAAUUUUAACUUAAUGAACUUCAUAUUGUUUAUUGUAAAGACAUUUAACUGCAUACCUCAACUCUAGCCUAGGCUUUUAACAUAGAACACCUAUUUGCCCCAGAUAGUUAUUGGCACACCUUAAAAGCACAGAUGCGAAAUUCAAUAGCCCUGUGCUCCAAACACAGCAACUGAGUAAAUUAUCACAAGAAUUCAAAUAAUCUGCUUAUUUUACAUCUAUCCGUCCUAGUACUGCAUGUAGCUCAAAUUCCCGUCCAUCUCUUUCCCCAUUAGGAAUUUGUACCUAGACUGCUUAUUUAGGUGUGCAAUAUUUGACACCUGCAUAAAUCAAAUGGCCUGGCACAAUGCAUUUCAAAAUAGAUUGGGGUCAUCAAGCAUGAAAGUUUUCAUCCAAUCAAUAUUGCAAAAGCAAUCAGUUAUUGAUAGUACUUUAACAUAUCAUGUACUUGAAUGUUGGGCUCAAUAAACCACACAAUGAUGUA